AGCCUUGUUUUUUUGCCACAAUUAACGUAUCUGGAUUUAAUUUUUGAGAUUUACAAUCUCUGAAAAAUAGAAAUAUCAAAUCUCUCUAAAAAGUAGAGAUUUGGAAUAAAUAAUUUAUCAGAGAAUUUUUUACCAACGAUAUCCCUUCAAUUUUUACUUUUGUAAUUAAUAAUUAUCUCUCUCUCCCACCUUCUUCUUUUUGACGUAUUGGAUUCUCUUCCUGCCUCUAUUUCAGCCCAGCAGCCGCAGCAAGCUUCUCAAUAAAAAGGAAUCCCAUCGAGCAAAAAAAUUUUGGUAGACCUGACAUCCAUCUUCAGAACAUCCUCAACGCUGGUUUCCACUUUCCGGUAAUCGCCGUUCGUUGUUCAUCGAUUGGAGGGUAUGUUCCCUUUCUUUCGUAUCUUCAAUUUCAAGCUUUUCUUCACGACAUUGCUUUAAUAUUCCAAUUCUUGUUUGCUUGGGUUCUUAUGGCUUCUUGUCCCUAAUUCCAAACACACAGUAUUACAAUUUUGAUGGAGUUUUAGUUGGAUGUAUUUACUGGAACUCUUGUGUCUUCUCUGUAUUUGUGCUUUCCAUAUGUGCAUGCAACUCUGGUCCUUAUUGCUUCUUCUCCCUGAUUUUUGAAAGUAUAGUAUUGAGAUGGUACUCUGUCAAUUAGAAUUGGAUGCCUUUACUGGAGUGUUAGUUUCUUAUCUUACCAGGUUUAUUAGCUUGCCAUGUUUCUUCACUGUGUUCGUGAUUUCCUGUUUCUUUUCCUAAUAUGUUUCUUCUCUUGUCGUAUUUGCUACAUUGCCUUAGUGUUAAUUGUGUUGAGUUUGUUUGUCUCCUUAUUUUUAUGUUUGAUGCUAAGGCAAUGGCACGAUGUCCAAUUCAUAGGAGAAAGGUUGUAGCUGCUGUGAUUUAGAUGUUCUGUGAAGUCCUGUUUUGUUAUCUAAAGUUACAUAUCUUACUGUCGGAGGCACUAGAAAGUCAAAAGAGUUUUGCUAAAUAUAUCAAAUGCUACUUCUUGGGAGACACCAAUUGCACGUCAAAAUGCUAGGAAUUCUUUUAUGAGUGCUGUAACUUACCACAGUGAUAUCUCGAGCACUAUGCUCAUUAGGAUGAAUUGCAAAGCUUUUAAAAAGCUUUGUAAUCUUCUUGGAGAUGAGGGAGGGCUACGUCGUAGCUGAUACAUGGAAAUAGACGAGAUGGUUGCUAUCUUCCUAUACACAAUAGCUCAUAAUGAGAAAAAUCGUGUAUUGCAAAAGAUUUUUCGCCGAUCCGGAGAAACCAUUUGUAGAGUUUUUAAACUCGUCUUACUUCUUGUGUUGAAACUUCACAAAAUACUACUGCAUAAACCUGCACCUGUCCCAGAGAAUUCAACUGACUUCAAGUGGAAGCAUUUCAAGGUUAAUAACUUUAUUUGUUAACAAUAUGUGAUAAAUUUUCACUUAUUUUAGGAAACCUCUUACUGGAUGAUUGGUCAAAUUAUACGUAGAAUUGUCUUGGUGAUUUGGAUGGAACAAUAAUAAGUGUCUGAGCGACAAAGGAGAUGCAAGAAAGAUAGCGCACUCGUAGAGGAACCAUUGGUAUGAAUGUCUUGGGUGUUUGUAAUACAAACAUGAACUUUAUCUAUUGUUUGGCUGGUUGAGAGGGAUCAGCUCAUAACGGACGAGUACUUAGAGAUGCUCUUGUUCGACCAAAUGGUUUAAAGGUCCCAAGAGGUAGUGGUUGUUAGUAUGAAGUUGUUAAUAUUUUCACUGUUUUAGCAGACUUUUUACAAUACACUUUCUUCUACUAUUUUUUGGGGAACUAUUAUUUGUGUGAUGCCGACUAUAGUAAUUGUGAAGGAUUCCUCUCACCUUUUUGAGGGCAGCGUUAUCACUUGAAAGAAUGGGGUAGUAAUAGGCCUAGAACUCUCGAGGAGAUGUUUAAUAUGAGGCAUGCAAUUGCGAAAAAUUCUAUUGAACGAGCUUUUGGUAUUUUAAAGAUGAGAUGGGCAAUUUUAAGAGAUACAACUUGGUAUUCAACAACCAUGGUAGCAAAAAUGGUCAAUGCUUGCUGUUUGCUUCACAAUUACAUACGGGGAGAGGUUGGUGUUGAUGUGUGGGAGAGAUUGUACAUGGAUGAAGAUAAUUCUGAAGAACCAGUGUCGAUGGAAAAUGAUGAUCUUAUCAUGCACAUCCAACCCACAGCAGAAUGGACUCAAUUUAGGAACAAUCUUGCCCAAUAUAUGUGGGCAAAUAGGAGUUGGGCGGGUCAAUAGUUAUAUCAAUGGCGUUGUCAUUUUCUACUUUGUUUUCAAUUGUACUUAGGAGCUGGAUAUUAUGGUUCUUAUGGUUUUGUAGUUGAGUUGGUUAUUUUACUUCUUUAUUAGUGGCAUGGAACCUGCCUAGUGAUUAUGUUUCUUCUUAUAGUGAUUAUGUUGAUCGUGUUUAUGUACGAGGGCUAGCACUUAUCCACAAUGGGGAGUUGUUAUUGAUUUUCACAGCUAGCAUUAUUCAUCCAAUGUGCAUAAUUUUGGUGGUUGUUUGCUUGCUUGUAGGUUGAUCUUACUACCAAAUACGUGGACAACAACUAGCCUUCUUAAAGCGAAUAUGCAUAAUUUGUGUUGUUCUUCUUUUUGUUUGUUUAUUAUUGUAACUCUCUCAUCCAAUACGUGGGCUAGAGGCUAGCCUUGUGAAAGUCUUCACACCUAAUAUGUGGGGUAGCAGCUUGCACUAUGAGUUAUAUGUUCUUUAUGUCAGUUGUGUGCUCCAUAUUGGUUAACCAAGUCUGCCUUGAUGCUUGUAACUGUAUGUCGUACCAGCUAUGGAACUUGCAAACCAAGUUCAGUCCAACGAUGCUGGACCUGCCUCGAGAAAGAAAAAAGGUGAGUAUAUGCAAUGGACACCGGAACAGGAUGUUUCUUUGAUCGAGGCCAUGCUAGAGCUAACUCAAUCACGAGAAACUGAAGGCGGAAGCUGCAGUGGCUUUGGUUGGGAUGAAAGCAGGAAGCGUGUGAUUGCUGACGAUGAUGUGUUCAAUGAAUGGAUUAAGAGUCAUCCAGGCUGCAAAGGACUGAACAAAAAACCAUUCCUAUACUUUGACCAGCUAGCCAGAAUUUUUGGGAAAGAUAGGGCAAUGGGUGGCCAGGCACAAACAUCAGCUGACAUUAGGGAAACCAGAGCUGACCAGAAUGGGGAACCUUGUGUUAAUUUGGAUGUUGAAACAACCCAACGUAUCCUAGAGGAUAUGGUCCAUGAUGAGGUUGAUCCCAUGACUCUACUCAGUGAUGAAGCUGAUACUAGUAAAAUGCAGCCUAGAACAUCAACUGGAAGCAACAAAAAGCCAAGACAUGAGAGAAAUGAAGCAUUCAUAACUGCAGUGACAGCUGAGAUUGGCAAAUUGCAGCCUAUGAUGGAACAAACAGCUACAGACGUUCACAGGAUUGCCAAUAGCUUUUGCAUGGAGGAUGAUCUAAUUUCUAGGCGUAGGAGUUUGUUUGAGGAGUUAUCCAAAGUUGAAGGCCUUACAAGAAACCAGGUCUUAAAAGCUUCAAUCGCAUUAGUGAAGGAUGUUAGCCUUGCUGAUCUAUACUACCAACUCCCAGCAGAAGAUCAAUUGAGCUUUCUCCUGGAACUCAUCCGUUGAAGAGAAGCCAGCUUUUGGAGAGUGGCGCCUUUGGUUUGGUUGUGGCAGUUGUUAGAACAAGCUGAAGUAUCAGUAGUUUUUUUUAUAGUUUGGAACCUGUAGACUGAAAGGUAGGAUUCUAGCUUGUUGAGAGUUUCUUUUAUUAGCGAGCAUUACUGGAGAGAUCCUUUUAUUAUGGAUUUUCUUUGCUGCAUUUUUACGUUGGAUAAUAUUACAACAGAAAUUUGAAUCAUUGUCGGCUACUGUAGGAGAGUUGUUUUUAUGUCGUUGCUCUGCUGCCUUUUUGUUUGAAUUAUUGCAGACUAUUUAGAAGCUGCUCCAUAUGUGUUUUGAUGAGGGUGAUGGUUUGGAAGAAGAAUAGACCAUGAAGUAAGAA